AUGAGUAGUCAGACGGUUACCUUUGUGGUAUCUCAGGAGCUCAAUAUACCUUUAAGAAUUAAAAUUGUGGCUCUAGAAGGUUGUAAACAGUUGCUUAGACCUUCACAGAAAUUUACCGAGCCUCAUUUAGCGAAGAAAUGCUCUAACUUAAAUUCUGUUAGUGAUUUAUUUGUUUCGGUGCAGGUCAUUGAUACUGAGAGGAAUCGGAAGCUAACAGUACCCGUUUUUACACAGUUUGUUCCUUUCAAGACGGGUCGGUUUUGGAAUCAGUGGCUUGUACUUCCUAUAAACAUUAAUCAACUAGACCGAAACUCAGCUUUAAAAAUUAAGAUUUGGGAAUAUGACGGUGAGGAUCAAUGCGAGUUUGCAAGCCUAGAAACUUCAAUUUUCUCCGCAUUAGAUUGUACGUUGAAGCGUGGAAGAGAGUCGAUCCGUUUUCAAUAUGAUAACCCAAGUUCAUGUGAGGUUGAGGUUGAUAGCGUCCAAAAUCUACUGAAUAAGUAUGAUCAAGGUGAAAUUAAGACGGUUGACUGGCUUGAUUCUCUAGCGUUCAAGAAAUUGGAGACAAUAGUGAAGGAAACGGUGCUACCAAAGAACUUCUUCGUUUUAAAAAUAGAGUUUCCGUUCUUCGAACUGCCAGUUGUCUACACUGAAGCAGUAAAUCCUGAUGUUCAGAAAAAUAUACCCAACCUGCAUAACUUUGAAAACCAAAGUGAGGCGAUAGAAAACAAACAAGGUACUCAAGCCAAGAUUUCUGUUGGGAAGGCCCAGGAAUCUACGCGCAAGUUUUACGAUCCUGAUCAAUACAACACAGAUGUGGUAGAGGAAAAAUUCCGCAGGCUGGAGAGAGCUUCAAAGAGCUCCACUUUGGAUCGUGAAUUAAAGCCAGACGCAAAGAAACGUGAUAUGCUAAACCAAAUUAUAGCAUAUCCUCCAUGCACCAAGCUCACGGCGCAUGAGAAAGGGUUAGUGUGGAAAUAUCGAUAUUACUUAGUUAAUAACAAAACUGCUCUCACAAAGCUGUUACAGAGUACAAAUUUGGCUGAAGAAAGUGAACGGAAAGAAGUUUUGGACUUGAUAGAUGUAUGGUCAGAAAUAGAUAUCGAUGACGCUAUUGAACUUUUAGGGCCUGUUUACAAAAAUCUUUCUGUGAGGUCAUACGCAGUAAAUAGGUUAAAAAAAGCUUCAGAUGAGGAGCUGGAGCUUUAUCUGCUUCAAUUGGUGCAGGCAGUUUGUUUUGAAAGUUCCUCUACGUGGUCAGAUAAAUCUAAUAGUACUUUUACUAUUGUUACAAUGGAUCAAAGUAAAAAUGGUACCAAUGCAUCUAAAUCGGUCACACCUCAUAUGAUGGCAUCUUGGGAAAGUAUAGAUAGGUCAGAUACAGCAUCCAAUGGUGAAGACAGUACGGUGGUGAUAUCACCAUUGGCAGAAUUUUUAAUUAGAAGAGUUAUGAACAAUAAUAGGUUGACUAAUUUUUUCUAUUGGUAUCUAAAGUCAGAACUAAGCGGCAAUCAACAUCUGGUACAUAUAUUGGAUAGCUUUCUAUCACGGCUAUCAGAUGAUAAGCGUCAACAAAUUCAAGAUCAAACGAAGCUCGUCGAUAUCAUGAAAGAAUGCUGUUACGAAAUAAGGCAACUGAAGGACACAACACCAAGGAAGCAGGAACUUCUCCACUAUCUGAUGGUUUCUAAACUGAGACCAUUUUUAAAGGGUAAUAAUGUAUCACUGCCUAUCGCGCCAGAAAUAAUUGUGGUUGAUGUAGUUCCUGAAGACUGCAAAGUAUUUAAAAGUUCACUAUCUCCACUUAAGAUUACAUUCAAAACAAAGGAUAGGCAUAACUAUUCCAUAAUGUUCAAAGUUGGUGACGACCUUAGACAAGAUCAGUUUAUUGUUCAAAUUAUAACGCUAAUGAACGCGUUGCUCAAAAACGAAAAUGUAGAUUUAAAACUCACUCCCUAUAAGAUUCUUGCCACUGGUAAAAAUGAAGGUGGUAUUGAAUUCAUACCUAAUGAUACUCUAGCAAACAUAUUGAGUAAGUAUCAUGGUAUACUUCCAUUUCUACGCAGCAACUUCCCCGAUGAUAAUGAACAAUUAGGAGUCCAGGACUGGGUCAUGGAUAAUUUUGUGAAAUCAUGCGCUGGUUACUGUGUGAUUACAUAUAUUCUUGGUGUGGGUGAUAGGCAUCUAGACAAUCUUCUAAUAACUCCUGACGGCAAGUUUUUCCAUGCUGACUUUGGAUAUAUCUUAGGACGUGAUCCGAAACCUUUCCCUCCUUUAAUGAAACUUCCUCCCCAAAUAAUCGAAGCUUUUGGAGGUGCAGAGUCAGAUAAUUACAAUAAGUUCAGGAGCUAUUGCUUCGUUGCUUACUCUAUUUUAAGACGAAAUGCAAGUUUAAUUUUAAAUUUAUUUGAAUUGAUGAAGACAUCCGAUCUCCCAGAUAUCAAAAUAGACCCCGACGGUGCGAUGCUAAAGACUAAAGAAAAAUUAUGUUUAAAUAUGUCCGAGGAACAAGCUACUCUCCACUUCCAAAACCUAAUCAAUGCGAGCGUGAAUGCCCUAUUGCCGUUAGUAAUAGACCACUUACACAAUUUGGCCCAAUAUUGGCGUUCAUGA